AGUGAAAGGUUUAUAUUCCGGACGGUAUAAAAGGGACUGAUCAAGGUGUUUGCACCAAACCCAGAACACGGGAACAAAAUGAAUUCCUUUCUGCUGAAAGUCCUGGUGUUCGGCACACUGGCAGGCAUGGUGAUAACAGCCCCUAAUGCUCCGAAGGAACAAGAACCUCUAUGUUCCAGGUAUGGGCAGACACCAUGUAAACUGGAGCACAACCCAGUCUGUGGGACAGAUGGAAACACAUAUGGCAAUGAAUGCAGCUUGUGCCAUGAAAACAGGCUUCGCUCUGAGAAAGUCCACAUAAAACACGUUGGACAUUGCUGAACCCAGAGACCAGUGCCUUGAAUUCUGGAAGAUGAACUUGAUUAUCCUGCUAAUUUGGCGUUUUGUGUACUGAAACCCUAGCUCCCUCUAAAACGCAAUCAAGUCAUGUCUUCUUGGUGGGAAAGUGUAGCCUGUAUAGACACUGUUAUCUUCCAAAUAAUCAUAUAGUAAAGAGUGCUGACUGGGCUGGUGAGGACCCAACAGAAGACCAUCCUCCUCUUCUCCUUCCCUUUUUUAUACUCCAUUUGUCCAUUUGUAUUUCUCUUCUCUUUGUUCUAUUCACACCAAGCCUUUGGUCAUACUCAUACUCAUAGUUCAUUUUCUCUCUUGUUGGCCCUCACCAGCCCAAUCAGUCCAGUGAUCUCCUCCCAUUGGUCUAUGUACUUCUCAAACUCAUUACUUAUCCUGUCUCUCAUCUGCUCAUCUUUGAUUUCUGUUCCACCCCUCUGGGCUUUUACUCACCUCUUCUGUCCAACUCCUGUCCCUACUGUUUCUCCAUCUUCUGUCUUCACAGCUCCCUCAGGAGAAGAAUAGCCACAAUAACUAGGUUAGAAGGGUGGUUACCAAUGUACAUCAAUUCUGGGACCAUAACAUACAAUAUGUGUAACUAUCCAUAAAGUCAUGGGGUAAUUAAAUUCCUUCUUAUAUUGGA